CAUCCCCUUCUUACAACGAGAAUCUCCCCUCUCUCUCUCUCUCUCAUCCCCCAAAUUUUUCGCCUGGAAAAUCUAAAAACCUCUUUGCCCUAAUUCACCUCACUUUCUCACUAAAUUAGUCCUUCUAGUCAACCCAAAAUCUCCACUGAUUCCGCUAAUCUUCCCCAAAAAGUCACACACUAAUCUCAACUCACACUCCUCGCUCAAAACCAGAGAUCUAUCUCCAAGCUGAAAAUGAUCCAGCAUCUCUCAUAGAAAAACUCUUCACAGAUUCAUCGAUCAAUCAUCAUGGCGAUCCUUCGUAAAGGCAAGUGUUUCGUGCUCUAUCUCCUUUUCCUUUUCUCUUUACUGCGUACUUCUAGGGUUUUAGCAAACUCGGACUUAGUCGCGAUUCAAGACGCAAACGAGCGUUUUGACAAGCUAGAUACGGAUUAUGAAAUUGAUGAGCUGGUGGAUCGGCACCAGAUGCAGAUAGGUGAGAAACUAGGUACGGAUUGUGAAACUGAGGUGGUGGAUCGACACCAGAGACAGGUAGAAAAACUCGAAGACCUGUUGAGGAACCUUACCGAGCUUGUGUCUAGGUUAGAAUCACGGUUUUCGGACGAGCGUUUGGAUGAGGAGGUGAAAAGUAUUGUUGCAAGGGAAGUUGAGGAUGGUGAUGUGCCUGUUAAGAUAUUCGAGGAGAAGAGCGGUUUAGAUAAGAGAGUUCACAGAGGAGAGCGGGAUAGAAUGGGAGGGAAGGGAGCGUCGGUCACGAUGUACGAUCCGUUUUGGUCGGAGAGGUUCCAGUCGGUUUCGGCUGUGGAACUGAAGGCUUCUCGUGCUAGCUGUAUCAAUGUGUUGCCGUUUAGGGAUCACGAAGGGUUGAGUAAGUAUUUCGCUGUAGGGGACGAUCGGGGGAGGGUGUUUGUGUUUCCACGGAACGGGGAUGUUUUGGUCGAAUUCGAUACAUUGGCGGAUUCGCCAGUGACUGCCAUGUUGUCGUACUUGUCGGUGUAUAAGAACGAGAGUGUUGUAGUCACAGGGCAUGGAAAUGGUCUCAUUUUGGUGCAUAGGGUUUGGGAGGAAUCGAAUGGUGAGGAUUGGACUGCUAUUGCUCUGGAAAAUAGGGGGAGAUUGGAUUUGGAUGAGAUUGGGGAAAAUGGGUCACCGGUAUCUUUGUUGGAAGUGCAUCAUGUUGGGAGGACUAGGUAUAUCUUGUCUGCAGAUGGUAGUGGGAAAAUUAGGGUUUUGAGAGAGAAUGGAACGGUGUAUGGUUUGGCUGUGCCGGCGAGCCGUCCGCUUGUCUUUCUGAAGCAAAGGCUUUUAUUUCUGACGGAAACUGGUGCAGGAUCAUUGGAUUUGAGGACCAUGAAAGUUAGGGAGUCCGAAUGUGAGGGGUUGAACCGUUCUUCCGUGGAGAUUUAUGUUUUUGAUGCCACUGAGAGGUCAAAAGCGUAUGGGUUUACCUCAGAGGGUGAUAUGAUCCAUGUAUUAUUGCUAGGUGAUAUAAUGAACUUCAAGUGUAGGGUUAGGUCCAAGAGGAAGUUUGGCAUGGAUAAGCCUCUUGCCAUGGAGGCAAUCAAGGGGUACUUGCUUGUAGUUAAUCAAGAGAAGGUGUUCGUGUAUAAUGUUUCGUCUCAGCAUUAUACCAGGGCCGGUGGGCCCAGGCUUCUUUUCUCUGCUGAUCUUGAUGAGAUCAGAUCAUCGUUUCCUAAUUAUCGAUUGACGGAUCUAGAUGCCCAAAAGGGAAUGGUAAUGCCAUUGCUUGCUAGUGACACUGAAAAGCUUCUUGUUCUUGGCCUUGGAGAUGGGCAUGUGCGGAUGUAUCGCUCCAACCUUCCGAUUUUCAAGGGGGAAUCUAAUACGAUUCUGUGGACUAGUCCCGUAUUUUUCUUCAUCCUUUUCCUCUUUGGGGCGUGGCAGUUUUUCGCCAAGAAGAAGGAAUCGCUUAUUUCGUGGGGCCCAGAUGACCCUUUUAAUUCCAUGUCUAUUUCCAAUGGAGGAGCUCCGUUGGGAUCUGGCUCUGGUGACAGGUCUUUCACAGAGUCUUCUUCAAGAGGAGGUGAUGCUGGGGAUUUGAGAGGUGGUGGUGCUGGUGGUCUAAGGGGCCCAACAAGAAGGUAUGUCUCUCCGUCUCGGUACCCCGGUGGAUCAACCACUUCCUUUAGGAAUGGUUCAGCAGAUACCAACUCCUCUAGACCUUCUGUUGAUCCCAAUCUUAGAACAACCUCUGAGCAACUGAAGUUUAGGGGGUCGAAUCUAGAUUCGACAGGCUUCCAGAAAAGGCGUGAGAGUUUGUUUGUGACAAGUCAAGUUGUGGAUGAUAGCAGUUGACAUUUAAAAUCAACUGUGUUUACUCUUACUAAAAUCAACUUGUGUUCUUGUGUAAUUUCAUCCGUAAACUGUUUUCAUUGGCCGUGGGCUGUUUAGGCUUGCCGUGAUUGUGAACUCUGUAACUGUAUUACACACUUGAGAAAAUAAUUAAGGAGUUAAAUUCCAUGCAUUUUUGUAA